CGACUGCAGAGUGCUUCGUUUGCCGUGUUCUCGUGUCUUCUGGACACCGAGCAGCCUGCAGGGUCGGAACGGCGCACGGAGGAGGCCAGCAGUCUCAGAACGUCAGUGAAGACGAGAACUGCUGAUUGUAUCAGACAGGUUCCUUCGCUAUCGAACACCGGAGAGUAGAGCGGUACAGUUGUAAUAUAGACAGUUGAUAAGCGCGGCACGUGACACGCAUCGUAAGACUAGUCGCGUGCGUAGCUAUCACCGAUACGGAGUGACCGCGUGUCGCAAGCGCCCGCGGCCGCCUACGUCACGCGGACGGCGUUCCCGCCAGCGUCGCGGGGGUCCUGCUAUUCCCGGCGAUCUGCCUGACGCACACAGUGUACAGCGCACGGUCGCUGCCGCCGGAACAGCCGCUGCUCAGCUGAUCGCGACAGAGCGCCAAUUUCCUGCCUCACUCUGACAUCUCAACUCGCUGCGCCCGACCUCCAUCCCACUGGUCACUCUGCCGCUCAGAGCUUGGCUCUGGAACCUUUGAGGGUGUUGGAUGUCAACACAGCCGUAAGGCGGUGGUUCCCGUGAAGCAGAGGAAAACCUCGCGACGCCAUGGGGGGCGUCUACAGGGAGACGCCUUACCGUCCGACGACGACGAUUGUGGAGAAAGCGCCGCUGAUGGGAUCGUGUCGACUGACGUUCACGAUGUGCGCCUUCGCGACGCUGUUCAACCUGAUCCUGAUGCGCUACAACCUGAGCUUCGCGCUCGUCUGUAUGGUGAGCGACACCAGCUCCGACUUCCUCAAGAGCGGCAGCAGCCGCAACUUCUCCGAAGACGGUCUCGGCAAGGAUGGCUGUCCCGUGCACCAGCAGAACCCAGGGUCCGCAGUCGUCACGCACGGCGAAUUCGAGUGGAGCAAGGCUGUGCAGGGCCGCGUGCUGUCGGGCUUCUUCUACGGGUACGUGGCGAGCCAGGCGCUGGGCGGCUGGGCCAGCGACCGCUGGGGCGGCAAGCGGCUGUUCGUGCUGGGCAACCUGCUGCAGUCGGUGGCCACGCUGCUGCUGCCCGCCGCCGCGCGACUCCACCACGACGCGCUCUUCGCGCUGCGCCUCCUCCAGGGGCUCGUCUGCGGCUUCAGCCUGCCGAGCGUGUACCAGCUGUACACGCGCUGGGCGGCGCCCGAGGAGCGGACGGCGCUGAUGGGCGUGGCCUACACGGGCUUCCCGCUGGCCAACGUCGUCAUAUUCCCGCUGUCCGGCGUCCUCUGCCAGGCCACCUUGCUCGGCGGGUGGCCCUCCAUCUUCUACGUCACAGGUGCCUUUGGGUUCGUAUGCUCUGUGGUGUGCUGGUUCCUGGUAUACGAAAAUGCGAACGAGCAUCCGCGCAUCUCUGCAGAAGAGAGGGAGUACCUCAACGCCGUCGCCGUCAAGGAGACUGGAAAGCCGCCCAGUAUACCGUGGGGCUCCGUGCUGAGGUCUGGCCCCGUGAUGGCGUACCUGGUGGCGCACUUCUGCUACUCGUGGGGCUUCGUCACGCUCGCCGUCAACCUGCCGCUCUUCAUGAAGGAGGUCCUCUUCUUCGACCUGCACCAGAACGGCAUGCUGUCUGCGUUGCCGUACCUGGGAGUGCUGGUGGUGCGCAUCAUCGUCUCGCUGACGUUCACCGGCUGCCAGAAGAGGACGGGGCUCAGCCUCACCAACCUCAGAAAGCUCAACCACACUGUCGGCACGCUGGGGGCGGCGGCGAGCCUGGUGGGCGUGGCGUCGCUCUCGUGCCAGCAGCAGUUCUGGGCGGUGCUGGUGCUGACUGCGGGCCAGGCGGUCACCGACCUCGCCUUCACGGGCGGCUACGUGCUCUCCUUCCUCGACCUGGCGCCUCGGCUCGCCGGCACCCUCACCGGCGCCGCCAACGCGCUCGGCAACCUGCCCGGCGUGCUCGCGCCCACCAUGGUCGGCUACCUCACCACCAACGGUACGCGCGAGGAGUGGACUGUGGUGCUGUACGUGACGGCGGCGUUCUACGUGGUGGGCGCAGCUGUGUACCUGGUGCUGGGCAGCUCAGAGCAGCAGCCGUGGGCGCCGGGCGACGCCAAGAGCCCGGCCGACAUCGAGAUGGAGCCUCUGCAGCUGCCGGAGAAGGCGCCCCACCCCCGCACUGACGUCAACAGCAACGGCAUUCCCCAGCAGCCCACCACCACCAAGCUGCUGUGAGCGGAUUCUCCACCUCUACUCCCGGCGCCGUCCGUCGUCUUACGUCAGAUAGUAUUCCGCCCACGAUGUUGAAUACGUACAUUAAACUCUGAGAAAGAAGUAGGAGAAUUGAUAAAAUGGGACAUAUGUGACUCGUGGUAUUCCUGGAACUCCCAACUAGAGAGUGUUUCCGUUCCACCACAAUGAGGGACUGUCUUCGUCGAGCGUGUGGAGUGACGUGUCAUAACUGUAGUGAUCUGUUCGUGAUGAUUUUCAUAAAGUGAUUCUACGCGUAAAAACUGAAGUUUGCAUUUAAAAGUGCGUCACGGGCAGUAAUAAACAGAACUGAACUUUUGACCUAGAAGAUUUUAUUGCAGGAAACAUAGCCUUUCGUGACUUCAUAACUGGAGGUUGUAGAGUAGGAGUACCCAUCUUCCUUACGUUACAGUGCUGAAAGGAUCAGCUCACCAGUUGAGAGAAGAAAAACAAGGACAGGAGGGUACAGCAGUACAGCUUGUACUGCUGACCAAACAUUCACGAUAAAACAUGCACAUUGUGGCAUCAAUGAACUCUGCAAAUAUUUCUUAUAACUGUUAUUUUGUAGCGUAAUAAACGUUUGAUAUUCUUUCCUCUUU